UUUUUUUUUGCAAAGCAACAACUGUGUUUGUAGUAGCGCUCUGGGUGUUUAGGUUUUUGUUGCUGGAUUUUUGGUAUGAAUUGGUGCCUUUAUGUUGAUGGUUUUCGGUUAUUGUGUUUUUCUCCUCAUACCACAUAAAGGAGCUAAUAAAAAUGGUGAGGAUUAUGAUGGUUUUAGGCUUGAGGAGGAACUGCCUGACCCAGAUGUGUGUGUGAGUGAAGCCACCCUGUGCCCCACAGUCGUACGCUUCCUGCCUGCAGUGGCUGUCUGAUUCCCGAGGACUCCACGCAAUCCUCACCCACAAGUCAUUCAAGUUGCGGUGGACCCUACUAUUGGCUCUGACAUCUGUCAAUCAAGCUGAACAAGGGAGUUCCCUCCAUCAGGCAUCUGGAUAGCAUGUAGACAAGUCAAGAAUACUCAGAAGACAGUAAUUCCGAGCCCAACGUUGACCUGGAGAACCAGUACUACAAUGCCAAAGCGCUGAAAGAAGAUGACCCCAAAGUGGCCCUGAGCAGCUUUCAGAAGGUCCUAGAGCUUGAAGGAGAAAAGGGAGAAUGGGGCUUCAAAGCACUGAAACAGAUGAUAAAAAUCAACUUUAAACUGCCAAACUUCCCUGAAAUGAUGAACAGGUACAAGCAGCUGCUGACGUACAUUCGGAGUGCCGUCACCCGGAAUUACUCUGAAAAAUCCAUCAACUCCAUCCUGGACUACAUUUCCACCUCCAAGCAGAUGGACUUGCUGCAGGAAUUUUACGAAACCACCCUGGAUGCCUUGAAAGACGCCAAGAACGACAGGCUGUGGUUCAAAACCAACACAAAGCUGGGAAAGCUAUAUUUGGAACGGGAGGAGUUCGGGAAGCUCCAGAGAAUUCUCAGGCAGCUCCACCAGUCCUGUCAGGUGAUUGUGUCAGCUGCAGGGGGCGUAGAAACUGACGAUGGUGAGGAUGACCUGAAGAAGGGCACCCAGCUGUUGGAGAUCUACGCUCUGGAGAUCCAGAUGUACACAUCACAGAAGAACAACAAGAAGCUAAAGGCGCUGUACGAGCAGUCCUUACACAUCAAAUCUGCCAUCCCCCAUCCCCUCAUCAUGGGAGUGAUCCGAGAAUGUGGAGGUAAAAUGCACUUAAGAGAAGGAGAGUUUGAGAAGGCACACACAGACUUCUUUGAAGCUUUCAAAAACUAUGAUGAAUCGGGGAGCCCCAGACGGACCACGUGCCUGAAGUACUUGGUGUUGGCCAACAUGCUGAUGAAAUCGGGAAUAAACCCUUUCGACUCGCAGGAGGCCAAGCCUUAUAAAAAUGACCCAGAGAUUCUUGCAAUGACAAACUUAGUGAGCUCCUACCAGAAUAAUGACAUCACCGAGUUUGAGAAAAUUCUGAGAACAAACCACAGUAAUAUAAUGGCCGACCCCUUCAUACGGGAGCACAUUGAGGAGCUGUUACGGAAUAUCCGAACGCAAGUGCUUAUCAAAUUAAUUAAACCUUACACUAGAAUUCACAUACCUUUUAUUUCUAAGGAAUUGAACAUUGACGUUGCAGAUGUAGAAGGUUUGCUUGUACAGUGCAUUUUGGACAACACGAUCAAUGGCCGAAUUGACCAAGUCAACCAGCUGCUGGAGCUAGACCAUCAGAAGAGGGGCGGGGCCCGUUACUCUGCUUUAGACAAAUGGACCAAUCAGCUCAAUUCUCUUAACCAAGCCAUUGUGAGCAAGCUGGCUUGAUUGACACAAAAUGAUACUUUAGGCCAACCCAGUGAUGUUGGCCUUGAACAGACUGCUGAAGGGGGCGACUGCUGUUGGGCUGAUGUGGUCUGGACAGCUUGGGCUUGACUGCUGUGCUGUCUCAUAUUGGCUGGUUUCCAUUUCGCUGCUGCAGUUUUGCAUCCAGAAGAAAAACAACCAAAAUUCUGGAUCUGUUCAGGAUUUGUGCUGCAAUUUGGGCCCUUGCCAGUGUGUUUUGUACAGCGCAAGACCAUGGAAGGCCAGGAAAGGAAAUGUCCUCAUAAUUUUACGCACAUUCACUGAUGUUUUUUUAAUGAAUUCCAAAUUUCUUUUAUCUGUAGAAUAUGAAUAAACAUCCACCUGCAAUAACCUGGAAUACAAACCCCUUUGAUAGACUUUUUCAGCUUGUGUAAAUUGUCGUGUUUCCUGUGUUCUGCAAAUUUCAGGUUUCUGAACCAGCAGUUUUCUGUAGUAUGAAAGGUCUCCCCUCAUUUAUGGGACACUGGCCCCUUUAGAUGUCAGGCAGCAAAUUAAAAAAUGUGAGGAUAAAAUUGCAUACCCCGCCUUUUAUUGAUUUUUCUUUAUCAUGGACAUUAAAAGAAAAAAAGAAAAGAAUCAUCAGAUUUUCAUUGUCAUUCUCA